UGUGCAGUGGGAAGAAACAAGAAAAAGAAAAAUAAGAAGAAGAAGAAGCAGCAGCAAAUAGUUCAAAGAAGAGAGAGACUUAAACAGUCCGCAAGCGAAGCUUUGAAUGCGAUUCAUACGCACACACUUGCAGUCGCUCACGCACACACACAUACAGUCACAGUCGGAGUUACAGACACAGACACAUCGCACAAUGACCUUGCCAACCAAUACAAAUGCAGCGAAUGGCAACGGCUGCGGCGGCGGCAGCGGCGGCAAUGGCAGCGGCAGUGAUGAUGAUUCGGACAUGUUCGGACCGCCACGCUGCUCACCCCCCAUUGGUUAUCACCAUCAUCGUUCGCGCGUGCCAAUGAUCUCGCCGAAGCUGCGUCAGCGUGAGGAACGUAAACGCAUCCUGCAACUGUGCGCCCACAAGCUAGAACGUAUCAAGGACUCUGAAGCGAAUCUGCGCCGCAGCGUCUGCAUCAAUAACACCUAUUGCCGACUUACCGAUGAGCUGAGACGUGAGAAGCAAAUGCGUUACCUGCAGAAUUUGCCAAAAACCAUAACAGCAACAGCAGCAGCAACUGAGAGUAGCGACUGCGAUGAUAGCAAGCAACGUUGCUGUUGUUGUUGUUGUUAGUGCACCUCUAGAGUC